CGCGUGAAUAAUCUAAGUAACAGAGGUUCAGCAAAACAGAGUAUUUUAGCCUUUUUAGGGUUUUGGAUUCUCUCCGAGAAAAAUUCGAUUUUGAUGUAAUGUUAUAGCUAUAGUUGCGUGCUUUGCUUCAAUUCGGAGGAGAAUCGAGCGGCGGCGGCGGCGGCGUUGUAGUGAAAUCGAUGAUCGUAGGCUGCACCAAAUGGACUCGUCUUCAGUGCAAACCACUCCUUCAAUCGAAGAUGACGAGUGGGAUACUGAAGGAUAUGUAAUUCCAAGCUUGGAACUUGAAGAUUCUGGCCAAAAUAACGGUAAUUUCGUUGAAGUUGAAGAGUCAAAGACAGUCGCAGCUGAGUCUAAGAAAGAGGAGAAUAUAUAUCUUGGACCUCACGGUGCUCCUCCAUCACAAUCAAAACAACAAGAGCUCAAUCCUAAUAAUAAUCGCAAGCAGAAGUUUAGACAGAAACUGAAGGAAGCUGACAGGAAGUACAGUGGAAGUGGUCGCGAGAAUAAGGUGGAACACCUGAGAGAGCUUGUGGGUGGAAAAAUGGCUGCAGGAUCAAAGAAUUCCCCCAAGGAUUGGCUUGACCCUCAUUGCGAUGAAAAUAUGUUCCCAAGGAAUCAUCAUUAGCGUAAUACUAGUAUCUGUAUUAAACGCAUCCAUAAUUUACAUACUCGGAAAACCUCUCCCCCUUCAGUGAGUUUUCUUUUCAUCGGGAAAAGAACAAAUAAUCCCUCCUAUGUUGGCGGCUAAGAUCACCAGUCUUUUGGCUGCGUUUGUUUGUGAUAUACUGAUUCGGUCCGAAUUCAUUCACCAUAUUUGGUUUCAGAAUGCACUUGUCUUCAUUAUGCUAA